ACUAUUCAAAGGUGUAUAAUUCAGAGUCAAAUAAAUUUUGAGAGCAACAAUAAUACCCGAGAGUCAUUUCAACACACAUUCAUUAACAAAUCCUUCGCCAUGCCUUGCUCAGUCUCAAAUUUUGAAUCGGGCUCAAACCGUUAUCGUUCCAAUGUGCGCAUUGGCAAUUGGUUCGAAGACCAUUGCUUGGAGGAGGAUAAGAUGAGCAGCUUCAGAAAGAUGCGUGACCGUGGAGAGCUGCUGGUCGAGAAGGCACGCACACUCUUCGACAAUUUUCAGAAAGAGGUUCAGCUGGCAGCUCCCAAGCAUGACAUUAUGAUUGGCGCUGUGAUUCAGCUGAUGCCCAUCUACAUGAAUAUUGCAGAUAUGGAUACGUCCGAGUUGCAUCCCGCUUUAUCCGUGGUCAUUAACGAGCAUGCCAUACGAUCCAGCCAAACCAUUAACGAGAAUUGCGAACUUACCGUUGCUCCCUCGGAGCGUCCUUGUGUGCGCAACUCUUUUCGCAUCGUUAGCGGCGAUGAGCAGGAUCGCACAGGGGAGAGACUAAAGUAUGGUCAGCGCUUUCGAUUGGAGUGUGUGGAGUCACCCGAUGAUCCCAUUUUGUUGUACAGCGCUCCCAAGCUGACCAAUCUGUCUCAAUCUAUUUCGACAUCAUUCAACUCGCAAAAGUAUGGCGAACUCAACUUGCCGCUAGGUCUUGUACAUCGCAGCAAAAUCAUGUGUCCGGAUGGAGAUAUACCCAAGGCAUUUACCAACUGGUUUUGCAUGCACGUCGACCCCAACAAACGCUUCGAAAGCGAGGGCGAAACUCUGCCAAGCAAUUCUCCGUUGGUGAUUGUACAUGCGGCAACUAAUCGGAAUUUGGCUGCCGAGAAUGUUGUUAUUCAAACUUUGUUUGGUCCCGAGUUUUUGGUUUCUGUGCAGAACUAUCGUAAUGUUUUCAAGCGGGAGAUCUGGAAGAAUGUCUGGAUGAUUAGCAAUGGCCAUCACACACGUACUGACCACUAAACAUGCAUUGCAAUAACAAAUUGUCUGUUUUUGGUGUUGACAAAUAUAUAAAAAGCCAUGUUAA